AUGUCUGCUGAGAGAGACGAUAUGGACGAUAAAUCACUGGAAUGCAAUACAGCCAGUGAAAAGAAAAAGAAGCGAUCAAGAAAAAAAAAGAAGUCCGUUUCUGCCCAAGAUAAAAGUGCUAAUAAUGCACUUUCUGCAGCUAAUGAAAUUGAAGAAGCUAGUCCAAGUGAAGCAGGUCCGAAUUUUUCAAGCACAGGCAAGCUAACUUCAGAAGAAAAAGUCAAAAAGGGUGAAGAAACUUCAGAAAGCAAAUCUCUAAGGAAAAAGAAGAAAAAGAAAAAGCGAAAGAAAUGUGAAACUCUGAGCAAUACGACCCCUGAGCCAUCAUGUGAUGGUGACGAUGAUGGCAUAAAGGGGUGUGAGGUCCAGAGUGAUGAGGAACACUCCAGUGAAGCAGAAAUAUCAGGAGGUGUUGCUGCUAAUGGUUAUCCUCAACAUGGUAUUGGAGAAGUGAUGAGUGAAAGAAACUCUGGUGGAUUAGCUAAUGAGAAGUCUGUUUCUGCCCAAGAUGAAAGUGCUGAUAAUGCAGUUUCUGCAGCUAAUGAAAUUGAAGAAGCUGGUCAAAGUGAAGCAGGUCCGAAUUUAUCAAGCACAGGCAAGCUAACUUCAGAAGAAAAAGUUGAGAAGGGUGAAGAAACUUCAGAAAACAAAUCUUUAAGGAAAAAGAAGAAAAAGAAAAAGGGAAAGAAAUCUGAAACUGUGAGCAUUACAACCCCUGAGCCACCAUGCGAUGGUGAUAAUGAUGGCAUAAAGGGCUGUGAAGUCCAGAGUGAUGAAGAACACUCCAGUGAAGCAGAAAUGUCAGGAGCUGUUGGAAAAGUGGUGAGUGAAAGAAACUCUGGUGGAUUAGCUAAUGAGGUGGAUGAAAAAAAGCCAAAAGAGGAUGGCAAUACUGGGGUCAUAGACUCUGAAGUGGACAGCCACGGAGAAUCUGAUAGCAGUCUUAAGCCCAGCCUGGCUGAUGAUACAGAUAUAACUGUGAGAGGAAAAGAAGACCUAUGUGAGUCAGAAGAGGAUGACAGAAGUUGUUCUUCUGAAUUAGCACCUGAAGUUGCAAAUACUGAAUUUGCGAAUUCUGAUGAUGUAACGGCAGACAAUCCUGGAGAGGCUUUUUGUUCAAAGCCCAUAUUGGAAGACCAUGAAUCUGAUGAGGAGGAUAACUCAUUUUCUUCAUUUGACCAUGAAGGGUAAAAUAUAACCUUUAGUGUAAUAAAAUAUUCUUUAUUUUCUAAACGCUUGAAUCCAUCAGUCAGCCAGAUUUAACAAUAUUAAUUUUAAGAUCACCAUUGCAGGGGUGGAAAAUCGUAUUAAAAAUCCUUUCCAGUCAAGUGAAUGUGAAUAAAUUUUUUUAGGCUAAAUUAGUAAUAGACUAAAUUGCACAUUUCUUCAUGUCUUCCUUCUCAAUGUUAAUUUCAAAUUUUUAUGUGAGUUUGAACAAGCAAAUGCAGGCAGGAGGAAAAGGGAGCAAUAUACAUGUUCAUCUUCAAAGAUAGGGAUAUACAGUAUCUACUGGCACUGUUUUUGUAGGUCAAACCUAAAAGCAGAUUUUUAACUCCAAAGAUGAAUAGUGUACCGUAAAAUGUUGUUCAAAAGGCAAGCGCUGUGCUUAGCUUUUGUUCUUGAGGUUGUUAAUUUAUACACUCUUCAUGCAACCCUCUUUCUUAUUGAGGAAAUGUCAAAAUAGUAUGAUCAACUGAAAACAUUAUUUUAUAAUGUUAGAGAGGAUCCUAGUAGGGGGUUCUGGGAGGAAACUUGUAAGAAGCAAGAGGAUAGGAUGUGGAAUUUAACAUAUUUGACUAUAGCUGUAACGGUUUCUCAUGCAUUUGGUUUCCAUUUCUAGAAGGAACAUACUCUGCAUUUUCAAGUUGAUUUAUGGGGUAGGCCUCCAAGCAAUUAGAAAGCUGUUUAAGGAGAUGAAUCCCUCAUGGACAAAUCAACCUUCAGAUGCAGCUGCCUUUGACAGAGGAAAGAUGAAGCUUAACAAAGAAGAAGAAAAUGUUUUUAAUAGUGGUGACAUUGAAAAGUGGGACUUUUCUUUAAUCACAACUGCCCUUUGCUUCUCAAAGACUUGUGCCUUGGAAAUGAGCAAGAGAGCUGACUGUGAUGAUGCCUUGAAAGAACUAAAGAAGAUUCGUAACAAAUUGCUGGGACACCCUUUUACAGAUAGGAUGUGUGAUGCUGACUUCAACAUAUACUGGCCUCAACUCUCUUCCCAUUUUGUUACACUUGGUGCCAAUCCAGCUGAUAUUGCAGACAUAAAAAAUCAGUCAGGUACAUUAUUACAUGGAGAUGUUACCGGUACAUGUAAUUUUUAAAUCAGCAUUUUGUGCAGCAAAAAUAUAUUAGCUCCUUGUUUAAUUAGUAAAGUUAUGCUUCUCCUUGUUAAAUCAUUUCAUUUUGGAGCUCAAAAUCCCAGGUGUCUAUGAAUUUUGGGCCAGGGUGUACCUUUCUAAUUUGUUGCCCGGCUGUCAAACCAAAUUGCCCUUCUGUUCAAAACCUUAAUGACACCCGUGGGGGUGGCAAUUAUUUGAGGGAGGCGAUUAAUUGAGGGACAGCUAUUAUUCAAGGAAAUACAGUACUUUAAUUUAAAAGACAUUCCAUUAAUUUAUUCUUCAUACCACUGAUCAAUUCCCUAUAAAUAUGCACUACUUGCGGCCAAAAUCCUCUAAUUCCUGUGCCCUAUCACGUUAAAAAAAAGCACUACCCUUCUCAACAGUGGAAAGUCAAAGUAUAGCACGCUUACCCACCCACCCCCAGCCCAACCAAUGACAUUUACUGAAAAGAAUGUAAUACAAUUAGCAAUUAUUGAAUGAGGUGGAGUAGGAUAGGAAGAAUUCUGCAGAUCAAGGUUCAUUCAAAAUAAUUCCAAGUUUGAAAACAAGCUAAAACAUGCUUACCUCAGUCGAUGUUAAGUUCAUAUGGAUAGUGCAUUUUUAUCGGGAAGUUAAGGAGAUAAAGAGCUUUUCAGGUCUGCCAAUAUACUCCAAAUAGCAGACGUUGUCCGUCAAGUUGUCUUCUUGCUGUUCUUGUCAUGUUUUUAGACUAGUGAAACCGUGAAACAAGUAAAAUGUUUUGGAAAUAAUCACUUCGAAAAAAAUCAAACCCGUCCCCGGGUUUUCCCGGUUGACGGUUUAAAUUCUGUUUAAAUUCGGUUCUGCAUCAGAAACAGAAAUAUUUUGAAUGAAUAAUAAUUCAUUCAAAAUAUUUCCCUGAUUCUGAUUGGCUAAAAGCACACGCAUAAUUCACCAUAACCAGUUACUGAUGACCAAAUUUGGAAGAAUUUUGUGUUUAACUAGGAAAUGACGUCAAAAAUGCAGCGUUCUUGCAGGUUAAUGCACCGUUAACCGAGAAGACCUGGGGACAAGGUUGAGUCGUUUUCGUUGUCAAACAAAAAAUGGCGGACAUUUCACUCGUUUCAAUAGUAAGAACUAGGUGAAAUUAUAGCUAAAAACAUGGCAAGAACAGCAAGAACACAACUCAAAGGGCGACAUCUGCUAUUUGGAGAAUAUUUUCGGAGCUGAACAACCCUAAACAUGCACUAUCGAAGGUGAACUUAACAUCGAUGGAGGUAAGCAUGUUUUAGCUUUGUUUUUAAACUAGGAAUUAUUUUGAAUGAAUAAUAAAACAAAUUAUUAUUUAAUUCGGCUUUCGUAUCAUAUGAUGAAUUAUGGAGAUCUCGGAGGGUGAUAACACCCUCCUCGAUCUCCAUAAUUCUUCAUAUGAUACGAAAGCUGAAUUCAAUAAUUGUUAAUUAUGCACCCAAGGUAAGCAAAAAGUAUCAAGUAUCAAAAGUACACAGUGCACAGGGGGCUCUCACAUUAUUUCAUACUGUGGCGAAAUUGCAGAGGGGGGUAUGGUCAGUUAUUUUAAAUUUGCGGUCAGUUUAGGAAAUCUGGGACAGUUGGAAAUUAUGAAAAUUCUUAGUCGAUCCCAUCACUUUUUGAAGAUUUCAGUUUUAUUUUUGAGAAAUUUAUUUGCAACAGUGGAGGUGAUUAUUUAUGAAAAAGGGCUAUCAUAAGUAACCUUUCAAAAUUUUAACGUACUGAGGCUAGUCGAGCAGAGAGCGAGGUGUGUGUUGGUAAUUAUCAAUAGCAUUUAAAUAUUAUUGUUGAAUAGCUAUUAUUAUCAUUUUUAUUACUUAACAGUUUUUCGUGUAUAGAAGUCAACGAACCAUUACUGCUUAUUUUAUGUAAAACCCUAAAUUUGAUCAAGAAGUAAAUGCUUGUAGUGAGUCGAGUGUUCUUUUAGUGGUCGCUUACAGAAACGUUGAGAAAAAGACCAGCCGUUAAUUCACAAAAGUGUUCACGGUCAGUUUCAAGAUCAUUUGCUAACGAGACCUUUACAUAGACGAGCCUUAAUCAAGGUUUCAAAACUGUUGGUCGUAACUGGAGCUCGUGGGUUGGGAGAGUGGUCACAAGGAGAGCUUCAAUUGUAUUUGUAACCUCACGAUCCGCUCUCGUUCCAUGCAAUAAGUCAGAAAAAACGAUAAAGUAUUAACCGUGGAGGCCAUCCAUACAGAAGCCGCCCUCCAACCCUAAAUAGAGAUAGGGGUUAUAAUGCACUACCCGCGAUUUUUAAUCAGUUUUUACAGUGAAAGAGCACUUACAGUGUUCGUAAAGUAGUAGCCUUCUUGUCUAGAUGUAUUUCAAAAUCUUCUUCUUGACUUCAAUGAGAAUUAACUUUUUUAGUAUUUAAUUUUUUAGUAUUUAAGUAAGAAAUUUAUAUGAAAAGAUAUGACAAAUUGAGUAAUCCAAGAGUUCUCUCUUUUUAAUAUAGAUGGGGAGCUUCUCGCAGGAGAAUACUACAAGGACCGUUUUCUGGAAGAGAAGGCCAAGUCGGAUUCUCACGGCAAGAAGUUGGAUUCGCUAGAAAAGAAGUUAGAUGAUUUUUUGGUGAAAUUAGAUCCUCCUUGCAAAACGCCAGUAAGUCCAAAAGAUCUUAGUGGUCCUAACUGGGACGAGUGGUUGAAGUUUUGCGCUGCAGUCGGAGACUUUGAUACCCGAAAGAACCAGUAUAUUCUUGUUACUGAUGCACUCUCGCAAGAAAAUCUGGACUGUUUCUCUGUUUUGAGAAGCGUACAGUGGAAAAUGGUUUUAGACUUUGAUCCGAUGUCGGAGGAAAAAGGUUUUUAUCAUCAAUUCACUUCACAUGAAGGGCAAGGCAGCUUGAUAAGCAUGGCUACUCCAGCAGAGUUGAAGCCAAAAACUAUUGUUACCUUGGCACGGGAGAUUGAUUCCAGCAAAACCCAGUGGCUUUUCGUCAAUGGCAGAUCCAGUGAUACGGGCGGAAAACAACCUGAGUUUGCUGAGUGGGAAGCAACCUCAGUAAAAGAAAUCUCAAGAUUUUUUGUAUGUUGUUGCGAUCCAGAUAAGUUUGACAAACAAAAACCAGUGGUGUGCCUGAUUCUUCCAUUUUUUCAGAAAACUGUUCCCUAUUUAGAACGGACGCUGGGUCGCCUCUUUGAGAACUUUGCGGACCAGUUUAGACUACAUGUCGUGUCCUUCAAGAACGCAAGACAGCUUUCUGUGUUUGAAAAGGUCAAGGUGUGUACAAUCGAUUUGGCUUCUGAUCUUGUACACCUCGGUUUAAAACAGAUGCUCUGUUUGUCGUCAUCGCAGCAGUACCGAAUGCCCACCUCUCAAGCCCAGAUUUAUGCGCAGCUAAGCAAUAAAGAGUACCUUUAUUUAAAGGAGUUUCUUGAAGUACUGUAUAUUGGUUGUGAAGAGUUACCGGACCCAAACAACUCAUCGGAAGGAGAUAAAUAUUUACAAGAAUUCCUUGAAGAGAAUCGACGAUUGUUUUUCUCAGGCAAUGCCAUUUCAUUUGCGAGUCUGUACUACAAUCACGAUGCAAAACGGGAUAUUGAGAAUGACAUCAAGAUCCAUGUCCAGCGUCUUCUUGCCGACAAGACACGGACUCGCUCUGUGAUUGUGGAAAUCAAGCAUUCGCCUGGUACUGGUGGUACUACCAUUGCUCGUCGUGUGAUGUGGGAUCUACACAAAGAUUAUCCCUGUGCUUUUAUAGAAGUCAACGCACAUCUGUACUAUGACGAAGACAACAUUUAUGCUGUGAAACUGGCUGAACACAUAGCUGCACUAGAAGAGAUUUGCCGCACGUCCCCCGUCAUUCUUAUAGAUGGAAAGCAGCCGAGGGCAAUUGAAGUGUUAUCUAACAAGCUUGUUAGGAUGCUUGGUAACAAAGGAAAGCGAGCUCUCUUACUACGUUGUCUGCACGGAUCCAAGACUUCGGCUCAAGACACGCGAGAGACAUGCAGUAUUCACAAGAUUUUCUACGUUGAUGUCAAGCUGGAAGAUACGCGUGCAGAUUUAAAUGAAUUUCAGCAAAAGUACAGCGAAUUAAUUGAGAAAUCGCUAGGUGAAGCCCGCAGAUGUGGUCCAUGCCGUGUAUUUCACUUUCCACUUUUAGCGAUGAUGGACAAGUUCCGUCCCAGGCUUAAGAAAAUUAUUGACGACAGUUGGAAUGAGAUGGAAAGUCUUCAACAAGAUAUAGCCGUGGUGGUUGCUUUUCUUCAGAAGUAUGCGAAUCAGCCAACUCCAGCCCUCCUCCUUUACGACGCUUUCAGUAGACACUUACACUCAGUCAAAGAUCGAAAUAAUGUCACUUACGAAGAAAUCAAGCAGUUGUUCACCGAGCACUUAUUAAAUCUUAUGAUCCCAUUAAACCCGUUGCGCUGUCGAGGAGGAAAGUAUCACUUUCAGGAAGCUUCGCCUGAACGUUAUACCCUGCAGCAUCGAGUGGUUGCUGAGUUGCUGUUGAAGAAGGCAUUUCAAACACAAGGCUGUGACUUGUUUCAAGUGGUAAACCAGUUUCUGCAUUUUCCAGUUUACCAGCGGGAAGUGUUCAUGCCACUUUUUGAAGAUCUUUUUGUCUACAACAAGGAUGGUCAAAAGAAGAGGAAAUUCUCUUUACUUUUCGAAGAGUUGAAAAUCAUCAACCAGGAACGCGCUGCGGAGGUGUUCUGUGAAGCGGCAGAAAAAACUGGCGACUCAGUUGUAUAUGCUAAUGCAGCCCGAUUUUUCGCCAAGAUGGAUCCUCCUUCGUUUUCAAAGGCUAUGGAGCUCAUUGAGCAGGCCUUUAAAACCACAAACGCCAAGCUGAGGUUCAGGAGUAUUUGCCACACUAAAGGGGUUGUUCUUUAUGUUGAGCUUCAGUACAUGAUUUAUACCGGUAGAGUUGAAAAUCUGCAAAAACUCGAAGAUCUGGCCACAAAAGUAUUGGAUGCCUACAGUGAGGCUCGGAACUUUCCUCUAACCUACCCUAAUCCCCUUAUUGGUGAGGUGGACGUUUGGCUUGCUUGCAUCGGAUGGAUCAUGAAACACAAAUGUAACCGGGAUGCCGACAAAACGCUUAGGUUCUUGACAAACCAAUGUCCCGAGUUCUUUCGUUCUUGUGUUAGUCAUUCAUUUUAUCUGUUGGAUACGGUUGAUCGUAUUGUACAGAGUGUUCCGAGCCUACCUGAUCCAGAGGACACCCAAAGAAGGUGUAACAAUGCAAGGGUGGCUCUGAUGAAAAACUUUGGAACAAGGUUGUCUUCAACCGGAAGGGGACGUGAUGUAGAGGAUGUGGUUCAAGCUUGCCAGGCACUUUGUAGUGCUAAAAACUUUCCACGAUCGUCGGCUUUAGAGCUUAAACGGUUACAGGCUCUGUUUAUUUUGAAUUCAAGCGAUCCAAUAGACAAAUUAAAGCAGGAACAUCUCGUAUUCUUGCAGAAGCUUCUGGGAGACCUUGUUUUCAAAGAGAAUGAAAACCGCCUAGCAUACCAUUUGAUGAAGGUCUGCAUUCUUGUAAAUGGACCACAGACUUACACUCUCGUUCAGGGGUUUGCCUUAACUGAAAAGUGGUCUGAGGUCUCCCGUCAUGAUUCUCUUCCAUACUUCUACCAGAUGGCGAUUUGCUUUCUUCAGAUUCUGGAUGGAAAUGCUAUAGAGUUCUUGCCGAAAUACUUGAAAGCUUGCGCGUCGUGCCGGGAAAAGUCACAGAACCAUUGUCGCAGCACCCAGUCUACACUAUUUGUUAGUAAGAAUGGCCAAGGAAUGUCUCGUCUUCUUACUCGCAACACUUUGUUCAGUGAAGAAACGGACUACCCAACUGAAGUGCCUGAAAUGGUGUAUAGGUUCUGGCAGGUGGAAAGCAGGAGAAAGCUACUGGAAUGUAAAGGAAGAAUUCGCAGUGGAACACCCUCCGAUCGAGGGAAAUCAUAUCCUUACAUCGAGUUGGUUCCAGGAAAAGUCGAGCUAUACCUCCCCAAAAAUGCUGGUAUUGGAAGGGUUGACAGAGAUUUCACUGCAGGCCAGUUGGUUUACUUUGUAACUAGUUUUACCCUCCAGGGACCUGUUGCGAAUGGGAUAACCUAUGAGCCACAAAACAAAACAUCCAGUUAAAAGCGGAUUUGAAGGGCCGCGAGGUGACCGUGAAUUCAGAUAAUACCGCUGGAUAACAUACGCAAAUGUUUUGAACUAAGUAAGUUAGCCUUCAGAACAUCAAGUUAUGGACUUUAAAGUUUGAAAGGUUUGAUUCCAGUGAAAAGAUGACUUAGCCCAAGUUUCAGGCGUUUCUGGGGUGAAAAAGAGAAUAGAGAGGUGCAAAGGGGAGCUCUUCUUAUUUUUCCCCCUCCCCCUCUAAAAUCCCCUCUUCCCUACCCCUAAGAAAGGCCUGAUACUCAAGCUAAAGAUGAAUGUACAUGUAUAUCAAGUGUUAGUCAUAAAUGAAUGACAGCUUGCUGUGUAUUUGCCAAUUGUUCAAAUGUAAAUUUAUCAUUUAUUGAUGAGUAUAACUAUUAGAUCUUCCUAUUUCUUGGACAGUAGUUUGUAAUUCAUAUAGUUGAAGCGUGUGCAUUCCUACAGUUGGUGAAGCAACCACGUGCAUGGACAGAAGACUAAUUUUAUAAAAAGAAGUAUUUUUUUAAUGUAGAUUCUGACUUUCUAGUUCCUCUCAAAGUUGUCUUAGUCUCCUGGGAAGGAGACUAGAGUUAACCUUGCCUACGCAAGGAAUUUCUUCGGUCUACGUAAAUGUUAAUCAAGUUUCCUUUUAAGGUAGUGUGAAAUGUCAGCCCUCUUGACCGCCGUGGGGACGGCUUAUAUAUUCAGACUACUUUCAAGGGAGAUUUCCUCGAGUUGUCACUCGACUAGUCCAUACAAUGUUAGGGUCGACUUUGGCCGCCCUCUCGAGUCCAGUCGACCAGUCCUGUUCCUCUCCUUCUUUUCGGGGGAGGGGCGCAGGCUCAUUUCCCGAUUAGCGGCUGGAAAUCGAGCUUAAUACAUGGUAAGGCGCCACGCAAACAGCUUUCUGUAAACGUUUGUAAUGUUUAACAGGUAGUUACGUCCCACGGAGAAGUAUAGCAGAACCCGGUAGCUCGACCUCUGAAGAGAAACGAACAAUUUGAAUUAGUGGGUGUUCUAGUUAUCGUGUGAAUUUGCUUUGUUAAUAAUUAUACAGUAUUGUACAAAUUUAACUUAUAAGAAACUGUAACGCGAUAAUGUAAUCUUCCUCUAACAAUGGGAAAGGAUUGUCAAUGAAACAAUAAUAAUAACAUAGGGAAAUUAUCUUUUCGUUGAACCAAUUAAAGUCAAAUAUGCUGGAGUGUUACAGUUAACCUAGU